AGAGAUCCGUCAGCGCGAGGAGCCCGAGUGGCCGCCAUUACUGAGCCCAGCGCGACGGCGGGCGCGGGGGAAGGGGGGAGGGUCGGGGCUGCCGCUGCCGGCGAGCGGGCGGGUGACCGGGCAGCGCGAGCCGCGGGGCUCGGGCUUUCGGGGCGUGUGUGUCGGCGAGGGCGCGGGGAGCGCGCCGGCCGCGAGAGGCGAGCCGAGAGUGGAGGAGGCGGCGGCGGCGGGAGCGCUCCCCAGGAAUGUCGCUGCCGCCGCCACCGCCGCGGCCGCUGCCGUUGAGGAGGCGACGGAGGAGACCGGCGUUGUUAGGAAGAUGAUCCAUAUGAUCUCGAAGAAGACCUUUCUUUGGCAAUGAGGGAACUACAAAGAACCAAAUAUAAUUCUGAAAUUCAGGAUCUGUAUUUUGAGAUGGUUUUAUUUUCAGAAUGAAAAGUAUAUAUGGUUAUCUUUAUGAAUGUAAAGACAUGAGAAAAGAGUUAUGAUGGCAAAAAACAAAGAGCCUCGACCCCCAUCUUAUACUGUCAGUGUAGUUGGACUCUCUGGGACUGAAAAAGACAAAGGAAACUGUGGAGUUGGAAAAUCUUGUUUGUGCAAUAGAUUUGUACGUUCAAAAGCAGAUGAAUAUUAUCCAGAGCAUACUUCUGUGCUUAGCACCAUUGACUUUGGAGGCCGAGUAGUAAACAAUGAUCACUUUUUAUACUGGGGUGACAUAACACAAAAUGGUGAAGAUGGUGUAGAAUGCAAAAUUCAUGUCAUUGAACAAACAGAGUUCAUUGAUGACCAGACUUUCUUGCCUCAUCGAAGUACAAAUUUGCAACCAUAUAUAAAACGUGCAGCUGCCUCAAAAUUGCAGUCAGCAGAAAAACUAAUGUACAUUUGUACCGAUCAGCUAGGCUUGGAGCAAGACUUUGAACAGAAGCAAAUGCCUGAAGGGAAACUCAAUGUAGAUGGAUUUUUAUUGUGUAUUGAUGUGAGUCAAGGAUGUAAUAGGAAGUUUGAUGAUCAACUUAAAUUUGUGAAUAACCUUUUUGUCCAGCUAUCAAAAUCCAAAAAGCCUGUGAUAAUAGCAGCAACUAAAUGUGAUGAAUGUGUGGAUCAUUACCUUAGAGAAGUUCAAGCCUUUGCCUCAAACAAAAAGAAUCUUCUAGUAGUGGAAACAUCAGCACGAUUUAAUGUCAACAUUGAGACAUGUUUCACUGCUUUGGUACAAAUGUUGGAUAAAACUCGUGGCAAACCUAAAAUUAUUCCCUAUCUGGAUGCUUAUAAAACACAGAGACAACUUGUUGUCACAGCAACAGACAAGUUUGAAAAACUUGUACAGACUGUGAGAGAUUAUCAUGCAACUUGGAAAACUGUUAGUAAUAAAUUAAAAAAUCAUCCUGAUUAUGAAGAAUAUAUCAACUUAGAGGGAACAAGAAAGGCCAGAAAUACAUUCUCAAAGCAUAUAGAGCAACUCAAACAGGAACAUAUAAGAAAAAGGAGAGAAGAAUAUAUAAGUACCUUACCAAGGGCUUUUAAUACUCUCUUGCCAGAUCUAGAAGAGAUUGAACAUUUGAAUUGGUUGGAAGCUUUGAAGUUAAUGGAAAAGAGAGCAGAUUUCCAGUUAUGUUUUGUGGUGCUAGAAAAAACACCUUGGGAUGAAACUGACCAUAUAGACAAAAUUAAUGAUAGACGGAUCCCAUUCGACCUUCUGAGCACUUUAGAAGCAGAAAAAGUCUAUCAAAACCAUGUACAACAUCUGAUAUCAGAGAAAAGAAGAAUAGAAAUGAAGGAGAAAUUCAAGAAGACUUUAGAAAAAAUUCAGUUCAUUUCACCUGGGCAGCCAUGGGAGGAAGUUAUGUGUUUUGUCAUGGAGGAUGAAGCAUUCAAAUACAUCACUGAGGCUGAUAGCAAAGAAGUAUAUGGUAGGCAUCAGCGAGAGAUAGUAGAAAAAGCCAAAGAAGAGUUUCAGGAAAUGCUUUUUGAGCAUUCUGAACUUUUUUAUGAUUUAGAUCUUAAUGCAACACCAAGUUCUGAUAAAAUGAGUGAAAUUCAUACCGUUCUAAGUGAAGAACCUAGAUAUAAAGCUUUACAGAAACUUGCACCUGAUAGAGAAUCUCUUCUACUUAAGCAUAUAGGAUUUGUUUAUCAUCCCACUAAAGAAACAUGCCUCAGUGGCCAAUAUUGUACAGACAUUAAAGUGGAAAAUUUACUUGCCACUAGUCUAUUAGAGAUGGAUCAUAACCGCGUACGCUUGUAUCAUGAUAGUACCAAUAUAGACAAAGUUAAUCUUUUCAUUUUAGGGAAAGAUGGCCUUGCCCAGGAACUAGCAAAUGAGAUAAGGACUCAAUCCACUGAUGAUGAGUAUGCCUUAGAUGGAAAAAUUUAUGAACUUGAUCUUCGGCCUGUUGAUGCCAAAUCGCCUUACAUUUUGAGUCAGCUAUGGACUGCAGCCUUUAAACCACAUGGGUGCUUCUGUGUAUUCAAUUCCAUCGAGUCACUGAGUUUUAUUGGAGAAUUUAUUGGAAAAAUAAGAACCGAAGCAUCUCAGAUCAGAAAAGAUAAAUAUAUGACUAAUCUUCCAUUUACAUUAAUUCUUGCUAAUCAGAGGGAUUCCAUUAGUAAAAAUCUACCAAUUCUCAGGCACCAGGGUCAGCAGUUGGCCAACAAAUUGCAGUGUCCUUUUGUAGACGUACCUACUGGUACAUAUCCUCGUAAAUUUAAUGAAUCACAAAUAAAGCAAGCUCUAAGAGGAGUAUUGGAAUCAGUUAAACACAAUUUAGAUGUGGUGAGCCCAGUUCCUAUCAAUAAGGAUGUGUCAGAAGCUGACUUGAGAAUUGUCAUGUGUGCCAUGUGUGGCGAUCCAUUUAGUGUGGAUCUCAUUCUUUCACCUUUCCUUGACUCUCAUUCUUGCAGUGCUGCUCAAGCUGGACAGAAUAAUUCUUUAAUGCUUGACAAAAUUAUUGGUGAAAAAAGGAGGCGAAUACAGAUCACAAUAUUGUCAUACCACUCCUCAAUUGGAGUAAGAAAAGAUGAACUGGUUCAUGGGUAUAUAUUAGUUUAUUCUGCAAAAAGGAAAGCAUCAAUGGGAAUGCUUCGUGCAUUUCUAUCAGAAGUUCAAGAUACUAUUCCUGUACAACUGGUGGCAGUUACUGACAGUCAAGCUGAUUUCUUUGAAAAUGAGGCUAUCAAGGAGUUAAUGACUGAAGGAGAACACAUUGCAACUGAGAUAACCGCUAAAUUUACAGCAUUAUAUUCUUUAUCUCAGUAUCAUAGGCAAACUGAGGUUUUCACUUUGUUUUUCAGUGAUGUUCUAGAGAAAAAAAAUAUGAUAGAAAAUUCCUAUUUGUCUGAUAAUACAAGGGAAUCCACUCAUCAGAGUGAAGAUGUUUUUCUACCGUCUCCAAGAGACUGUUUUCCCUAUAACAACUACCCUGAUUCAGAUGAUGACACAGAAGCACCACCUCCAUAUAGUCCAAUUGGAGAUGAUGUACAGUUGCUUCCAACACCUAGUGACCGUUCCAGAUACAGGUUAGAUUUGGAAGGAAAUGAGUAUCCUGUUCAUAGCACUCCAAAUUGUCACGAUCAUGAACGUAACCAUAAAGUGCCUCCACCUAUUAAACCUAAACCAGUUGUACCUAAAACAAAUGUGAAAAAACUGGAUCCAAACCUUUUAAAAACAAUUGAAGCUGGUAUUGGUAAAAAUCCAAGAAAACAGACUUCCCGGGUGCCUUUGGCACAUCCUGAAGAUAUGGAUUCUUCAGAUAACUAUGUGGAACCCCUUGACACAAUUUUCAAGCAGAAGGGCUAUUCUGAUGAGAUUUAUGUUGUCCCAGAUGAUAGUCAGAAUCGAAUUAUUAAAAUUCGAAACUCAUUUGUAAAUAACACUCAAGGAGAUGAAGAAAAUGGGUUUUCUGAUAGAACCUCAAAAGGUCAUGGAGAGCGUAGGCCUUCAAAAUAUAAAUAUAAAUCUAAAACUUUGUUUAGUAAAGCCAAGUCAUACUACAGAAGAACACACUCAGAUGCAAGCGAUGAUGAGGCUUUCACUACUUCCAAAACAAAAAGAAAAGGAAGACAUCGUGGAAGUGAAGAAGAUCCACUACUGUCUCCUGUUGAAACUUGGAAAGGUGGUAUUGAUAAUCCUGCAAUCACAUCUGACCAGGAGGUAGAUGAUAAGAAGAUAAAGAAGAAAACCCACAAAGUAAAGGAAGAUAAAAAGCAGAAAAAGAAAACUAAGACCUUCAACCCACCAACACGUAGAAAUUGGGAAAGUAAUUACUUUGGGAUGCCCCUCCAGGAUCUGGUUACAGCUGAGAAGCCUAUACCACUAUUUGUUGAAAAAUGUGUGGAAUUUAUUGAAGACACAGGAUUAUGUACUGAAGGACUAUACCGUGUUAGUGGAAAUAAAACUGAUCAAGACAACAUUCAAAAGCAGUUUGAUCAAGAUCAUAAUAUCAAUCUAGCAUCAAUGGAAGUGACAGUCAAUGCUGUAGCUGGAGCUCUCAAAGCUUUCUUUGCUGACCUGCCGGAUCCUUUGAUUCCAUAUUCACUCCACCCAGAGCUAUUGGAAGCAGCAAAAAUCCCAGAUAAAACAGAGCGCUUUCAUGCCUUGAAAGAAAUUGUUAAGAAAUUUCAUCCUGUAAACUAUGAUGUAUUCAGAUAUGUGAUAACACAUCUAAACAGGGUUAGUCAGCAAAAUAAAAUCAACCUAAUGACAGCAGACAACUUAUCCAUCUGUUUUUGGCCAACUUUGAUGAGACCUGAUUUUGAAAAUCGAGAGUUUCUGUCUACCACUAAAAUCCAUCAAUCUGUCGUUGAAACAUUUAUUCAACAGUGCCAGUUUUUCUUUUACAAUGGAGAAAUUGUAGAAACUGCGAACACUGUGGCUCCUCCACCUACUUCAAAUCCAGGACAAUUGGUAGAAUCAAUGGUACCACUUCAGUUGCCACCACCAUUGCAACCUCAGCUAAUUCAACCACAAUUGCAGACAGAUCCUCUUGGUAUUAUAUAAAUAGAAUGUGAUUGCAGAUGGCCUGAAAUUGGACAAAAACAAAUCUAGACAUGCAUGUUUCAGGGGUUAGUAGUAUAUUUCAUGUUUCAUACAGAUAAUCCACAUCAAAAUAAUGAGACAUUUUCUCUUUGAACUAUAUGGUAUUCCCUAUUCAGUUACAUUAUGAAUCUAAAAACAUGUGGUAAGCAUGACUGGAGAGGUUUAAUUUUUAUAAACAAAAAAAAAUAGUUAUAAAAAUGCAAAGCUGCUGCUGCAUGCAACCUUAUUGCAAUCAGUAUAUCAUUCCCGUGGCAAUUUCUGUCACAGUAUAUUGUGAAUACAGUUUUUCUAUAGAAAUUAAAUGAUUUAAAAACUCAUAUAUGAAAUGUUUAAUGCUUUCAGCCUGCUUUAUGGCUGGUUUUGUUAUUUGAUUGCUAAUUUGGGGACCUAAUUCCAGCAGUCUGUAUAGAUAACUAAAGCCCAGUUAAGUAUUUUUUAAUUUCCAGUUACUAUGCCAUGCUUGGGAUGUUUGAAAGAAAGAAAGGAAAAUACAUGUAACAUAUUUCACAUUUCUGCACCUUCAUCUUCUAAGUAAAUUUGUGGAUGAUUUGAUGAGGAGAGAGUGAACCUGUUUCUUUUACUCACGUACCAAGGACACACUUGUGGUUAAAGUGAGUUGAUAAUGUGAUGUAAAGAAUAGUUGUCACCAACUCAUUUCUUUAUUAUCUAUAAUGAAAGAUACAUUUUGUAUACACAGUUAAUUCUGUAAACAGAUGCAUGUUCAAAAGAUCUAUGAUGGUCUUGUAAUCUUAAUCUAAUAUAUUUUAGAUAUUUUAAUUUUUCCCUCUUGGGGAAUACACUUAGUAUAGUGUAGAAAAAUACUUCAUGACAUUUUCAUAUAAGGUUAUAUAACUUUUCAUACAUAAACAUGAAGUUUGUUGUAGAAAGUUCUUUAAACCAAACAUUUAAUCUAGGAUUUCAAUUUAAUCUGUUCCUUGAAUCUAUUUUUAUGUGGCCCUUGAGAAUAUAUCCCAAAAAAUUCCAUUGCUAAUACAGCAAUAAAAAUACUUUGGGUACUGACAGACUCCUUGGAGUAUGUAUAUAUAAAAUAACAAACUUGUAUUCAUAUUCUUUCAGUGAUGUGUUGUUCUACAAUCCAGAAUGGCUUUUGCACCAUUUUUUAAACCAGUUUUCCCCCCUUUGCCGUUGGUACCAGAGUUGCUAUAAAUGACUGCUGCUUUAAGGGUUAAAUAUUUUGUUAGUGAAGAUACAACCAGAACACUAAAUUAUGAUAAAACUUUCUGACUGAGUGAUAGGUAAAUUUAGUUGGGCUAUAUUCAAAAUUAUUUUAUUAUCAAACCCAUACCAUUUGUUUUACUGGAAAAGGAAAAGUGGUUUGCUUUUUACUGCUGGAUCAUAUUUUGUGUAGUAAAGAAAUUCUUUGGUCAAUGUUGUAAUCUUUAUAUUUCAAUUUUAAGGUUUCCUUAUCUGUAUUAUAGUAAAUUCAUGAUUUUGAGAUUCAAGGCUCCUAAGAGUUUGAUUUGCUCCAUUUUGUCUUAAAAUAUUCUUUCUCAAUUGUUAUAUCUUAGGUAUUGUACUUCCAAUUUCAACAAAGAUGUCAACAUGAACCAGGCUACUGUUUAAGUACAUGUAUAUUAUAAAUUAUCUUGUGUUAUUAUCUUUUCUAAGAGAACAAAGUCCCUAUUAUUCCUAUUGCAAAGCACACAGGAAUUUAAGAAAGUACAGUAAUUUUUAAAAAAAAAAAUAUCCGGUAAAUGUAGUAUUCUUACUUGUUCUAUAUUACUUAUACCUAUUGUCUAUAUAGCUUUAAUUUAUAGCUGUCAGUUUAACAUUGGCAUGUCUGGCAAAGAAAAUUAAACUUUAAGAGUUUUAUAAACUGUUUCUAGGUUGCUAAAGAAUUUAUUUUUCUACGAUAAAUGGUAUAGACAAAGCAUCAACUAUGUACAGGAUAAAAGCCUGACUAUUUCUAUUGAAAGUAGGCUUACAAGAGAAUUUUCAGAACUGUUCAUAUCUUUGGUUCAUUCUGUCCUAACUUUACAAUUGUAAUAUGUGAGUCCCAGUUUAUUUAAGCUAUUAUCUUUUAUAAUGUGUUAAUUUAACAUUCAUUUACAUUUAAAACUAUUUUUGUUAUUAAAAUUAGCAUUUAUAAGUUUCCACAUUAACCACCUUACACCUCUUCCAAAACUGAUAUUACUUUUCUAUGCAUUCUAUCAUUGAUUUGACACACUACAUAGUGAAUCACUUAAAUAUUCUACAUCUGGUUCAUUUUACUACUAGGUUACAGAUAUUGAAAAUUAAAGUAUGGUUUAAAGCUCAGUCUGUUACACUGACUUGUGUUUGUUUUUGGCCAAGGGUAUAGGUAUGUUUUUAAACAUUAGAACAGUAAAUCUAAGAAGUGAAUAACAUAAUUAAAUCAUUUGUUGCUUGUAAGUUAUUGCACUGUUUAGGGACACACACGUACACACAUGUGUAUAUAGAUUUAAUGGGUUUAAAGAAUAGUAGAUAGUCUUAAAAUAAUGGGUCAACAUUUGACAUUCACAAUAUUUAAAAAGUCCAUCUAUACACAUUGCCGUUGUUUCACUUACAAUUCAGUGCUUUUUAUUCCAAAAUCAGUCUCGACAGUGUUUAGAUAAUAUAAAGAAGAAUAGAGGGGUCUCUGUUUCAGGCUUUUAGUAGAUAUUUUUAGGAGUCAAAUUCUAUUUGUUAUGUACUUGCCAAGGAAUACAUAUAUCUUAACAAAAUUCCAGGUGCAAUUUAUGUGUUUAAAGUGAUAUUUUUAGUAGUACUUCCCUCCCCUCCCCGGCCCCUGCCCCUUAACACAGGGUAAAUACUGUAGGUAACAGCAAUCUAACUUACCCCAAAAAAGCAGACCUUUUUUUUUUUCUAUACUGUAUGUAAAUAUUAAAGACAUUAUGGUCGGCUGGUUGGUUGGUUGGUUGGUUGGUUGAUUUGGUUUAGUUGGGUAUUUUUUGUUUUCGUUUGUUUUUUGUUUUUGUGGUACUGAAAUCUACUUUCUAAUAUCUCUUAGAUAUAAACAAAGGGGACAUUUGAAAUGAAGUCUUAGGCUUUAACUUCCGUGAUUAUUUUUAGUUUAUUAUAGAGUAAUAAUUGGGAUGCUAUUUGUCAGUGACUUUAAAAUGUCAAAAGUGGUUUGUUUCUUUUUAUAGUUAAUAUAAUUUUAUGCUUUAUCCAGACGCUGCUGCCAUUAUCAGUAAAGCUGCUGAAUGCUGAAUGCUUUGCAUAACACAUUAAGAAGCAGUGCGAUUUUAAAUUAAAGUUGCCUAUAUUUACCAUGUUGUUGGUAAAAAUUAGCUAAUCUUAGGUAAAGUAGGAACAUUUAAAUUUUUAUAUUAAUAUAAUUAAGAUUGUACUGGAUGACUUUGUUAUUGAACUUUCCUUAUACAAUGAAAGGAAAUGAAAAACUCAUUGUGAAUAUAAGCUUUUAAAACUAGGGCCUGAGGGUGUGUAGCUCAGUUGGUAGAGUGUUUGCGUAGGUUCCACAAAGCCUUGGAGUCAGCCCUCACCCAGCACUACAUAAACCAAGCCUGUUGGCACCUAUCUAUAAUCCUAGCAUAUAGGAGAUAGAGGCAGAAAAAUCAAAAGUUCAGAAUCGUCCUUGACUACAUAGUUUGAGCAUAGCCUGCAACACAUUAGAACCUACCUUUUAAAAAGGUUUAAAAAUAGGAAAACAAAAUAAAAUGUACAAAUUAAACAAUUGUAUGUGAAUUUGGAUUUUGAGAGAAAUUCUUUCAAACCACUAGAAAUGUUUUUAAAAUAUUAGAGCAGAGCUAUCAAUGUUGGAAAAUAAUGUUUCUGCUUUUUCUUCAUGGCUUGAAAAUAAGAUAAGCCCAACUUUAUGACUAUCUGCUGUCAUCUAUGGAUCUGGUGAGUUCUCUUUGAGUUAAAUACCUAUGCAUAUCUUGGAUUUGAAUUCUUAGGCUUUUCCAGUUACCAAAAACCCGUAAGUAAUAUUUAAUUAAGGAGGAUACCAUUCUUCAAAGUACACCAAACCAUUUUUUAUUAUAGGAUCUGUUUGGUUUUAACAUAUAUUCUUAAAUUCAGUGAUUUGCUGUGAUACAGGUACCCUAGUUUUUAUAAAACAGUUAAAAUAUAAUUUUAAUGAACUUGGAGAAAUAUUAGUUGACUCAUCAUCAUCCUAUAUAUGAGAGGAUAUCAUAGACACAAUUAUUCCUUUUCCUGGAGGAUGGAGAAAAGGGGAAUCACAGGAUUUCAUAUUCUCAUCUUAGUUGAAUGGUGAGAAAUUAGUUUUUAUGAAAAUUUUAGAAGUAGCCAAAUUGAUUUUGGAAAACCAGUGAAUGACAGAGGAAGUUAACAUUUUUUAUAUUUAGUAUUACAGUGUUGACAUUUCUUGCUUACCAGUUGUUAGAACUGUUAAAAUUUGCAAAUAUAUAUUUGUGUGUUUAUAUAUACAUGCCUAAUAUACAUCUGUAAGUAGCUGUCAAAGAAUUUGUGGUUGAAAAACCAAACUUGUUAAUCACCAUAGUGCAGAUUUUAUUUUUGGUUUCUUGAAUUGGUAAAGUCACCAUGAGUAAUUUAGUAAUGGACUCUCCUAACAUAACAUGUUUUCAAAUUUAUAUUGUUUUUUUCUUCAACAUAAGCAAUACAGAUUUACCAACUGA